CUCACCGGAAGUGGGCUGCUGUCUCGAGCAGAUCAGACAGUCAUGGCGUGUUUGCUAACGAGCAGCAGUUCACGUCUAACUAUGUUUUCUCCAGCACAACGGAUAAAACAUCGCUCGUGGAUAUGCUGUUUACUUCUGAUAAUAUGUCUAACAUCAUCGCCAGCUUCGGCAAAGCGGGACGGCCUCAGAGAAGUGACGGACGGCAACUGGGAGGACAUCCUGACAGGAGAAUGGAUGAUUGAAUUCUACGCACCCUGGUGUCCAGCAUGCCAGCAGCUGCAGCCCGUGUGGAAGGAGUUCUCGGACUGGGGGGAGGACAUGGGGGUCAACAUAGCCAAGGUGGACGUGACAGAGCAGCCCGGUCUGAGUGGGCGAUUCAUCAUUACUUCACUUCCUACUAUUUACCACUGUAAGGACGGCGUCUUCAGGAAGUAUCAAGGAGCUCGCACUAAAGAUGACUUCCUCAGCUUUGUCGAUGAGCAGAAAUGGAAAGCGAUUGAACCCGUCUCCUCCUGGCUCGGCCCAUCUUCAUUUCUAAUGAACUCCAUGUCUGCUUUGUUUAAGCUCUCCAUGUUCAUACGGCGUUGUCAUAACUACAUGACAGAGCAGCUGGGGAUCCCUGUGUGGGGUUCUUAUGUUAUCUUUGGCCUGGCUACUCUGUUCUCCGGCCUUGCUCUGGGACUGUUGCUGGUAUUCAUCGCGGAUUUUGUCUUCCCAUCAAGACGAUUUUCCUCUCAGGAGUACUACCAAAAAAAACAGACGAUGGACCAGGCCAGGUUGAUCCAACGACAAGAGGACGAACACGAGGCAGAUGGCGAGGAAGAUGACGAUGAAGAGGAAGAAGAAGAUGAAGACAGCGAUGUCUGGAGGAGGAGGAGAGGGUCACCAGAGGGCCGCCCAGAGCCAAAGGGGCAAGGAUUCUCUGAUGAGGCUCUGAGGAAGAGGGUGGUGGGAAACCGUGAGGAAGAGGACGAGGAGGAGGACACCUAGAGAGUUCUCUGCUCCUUCUGAGCAAAGCAGCGAGGAGUUGGCAAAGUCAGAGGAGAUUUGGUCCUAAGCAGCAGUGUUUACAGCAGGGAGCCCCUUUAACUUCCCCCUCUAUUCCCUCCUUUAUUUCCUUCUUCUCCCUCUCUGGGCCCCUAGAAACACCUCGCCUCUUUUCUUCUCCUUCUCUUGUUUUCUAACGGGAGCGCUUUGGACUCUCACACCGCUCUCUCUUCGCCUGAGCAGAAGGCUCCACCUGGAAAAUCAAAAACACUCCUGACACGUGUUUUCACUUGUGGAAACAAAAGGCCUCGUUGAGGUUUGGGUAUGAAGAGCGGCAGAGAUGGGUUUUGCAAUGUUGUUUAUGCUAUGCAUUGUUUUUUAAAGAUUUGUGUGUUUAUUAUAUGUUUAUUAUUCUGAUUAAUUGUACCAGGCUUGGGUUACUUUGUAAAACUUUACUAUUCUGCUCAUGUAUACAUACAGUUUUAUUAUCUUGCACCUAUUUUACAAAUGCUGACAGUAUACUUUAACACAACAAUAGUCAUACACCAUUCCAUAUUCAGUGUUUAAUGGAUGAGAGAGAAAUGGCACAGAUAUUUUAGUUAUAAUCCUUCAGAUGUCUAUGCUGCAGUGGAAACAAACGGUUUGGGACAACGUCUAUAAAACAGUUGCUAAUUGGCUGCCUGGUUAGUCCAAGUCUUAACAGCACAAGUGAGCACUUGCAACAAAAGCAGCUGGGCUCUUUUGUUCCUUUCAUCAGUGUCCUAACAGCGUGUGAGUGCUGCAUGGUAAAGAAUUCCACUGCUACAUGCUGUUUGCACCCUGAUGGCUUGGCUGUAAAAUCCUUUUGGUGCUCAUGUAGGCAUAGACGAGGAACAGGAAGGGAGAUUUCCGAGUGAGAUUACUGAGUGUUGGGAGUGUCCCACAGGAAAAUUUUUCUUUUUUUUCCUCUUUUCCCACUCAACAAGCUUGAUGGCUUAAUCUUAGAUAGAGAUAGAGGUGAUUCAAUGAUAUCCUUGAUUGAAAUAUUGUGCUUUCACUUGUGUUGACAUGAAGGAAUGGCUUUAUUCUGCUCACAGCUGUCAAAAGCCCAUCACUAGAAAGCACCACUUUUCCAUUUAUCCACCGUCAUGUUGGAGAUUUAUUUUUGGGCUUUUUAUGCCUUUAGUGCUAAAGCUAGGACAGCAGAUAGUCAGAAACGGGGAUGAAAGACGUGGAAAGGACUUAAAUCCAGGCCGCCUGCUCACAUGGGGUGUGACCUAACUGCUUGGCUAUCUACAGUUGCAUUUCUCCACCUUCAAAAUAAAAGCUCCAGGUGUCUUACAGUUCUGAUGGGGAAAGUGAACUCGGAGUAGAGAAGUAAAAUGAGCACAGAGAUGGCAAGUGUCUGAUGUUGCAUGAUGCAACAUGACAUCUAACACUUGCAUGCUGCAAGGUGGGGGUUCUCAAACUUUUCAGUGUGUGACCCCCAGAAUGAAGGUGCCAGAGAUCUGGGACCCCACUGUACCUGAAGGUGGUUGAAGCAUAGUUACUCAGCAGUACACAUUCAAGACUACUCGUGUGCCGACUUUAAACAUUACUUUUAUUUCUGCAUAAAUUUCACCAAUUGGCCAUGGUUUUAUUUUACAUUUGAUUAAUUUUAUGCAUAUAUUUUUUAAUAAAAUGGGUAAAAUAUACAGUUUGAAAUCAUUUAAAAUAUUCUUUUUUGGAAAGCAUCUGGAGACCCCCUCUCUUGUGGCCUUGUCCACAUGGAGGUGGAAACAGCAUAUUUUUGUUUCAUUUAAAAAAAAUAUUCAUAAACAUUUCAUUGUUUACGGUGAUGUCAACAUAGGCAUGUAACCAUUCAAAAUGACUGAAAACGCCGUAGUUUGUAUGCCGGGCAUGUAAGUGGCGCUGUAGUGCUGCCACAGAAAUACGUAUUAUGGAAGAUUAUGGAGCAGGUGCACCCAAAACUUUUCUCUUACCCAAAACUCUCCUGGCUGCCCUUCUGGUUGCACUUUGCGCCGGAUCUAAGAACAUGUGGCGUAUGCAGUUCUCCAUGUCUAUUUUUUGCUCACGGUGGUGGUAGAGGAGCAGAAAAUUUUUCCUGUCAGCGCCAUAAUAAGCUCAGUAGCUUCUGCAGCCUGAACACAAUCCUGUAAUCUGCAUUUGUUGUUGGGGUUAGUGCAUGCGGGUUAAAGGGGCAAAGUGGGCUAUGAUGCAGUUGCUUCAGGAAAGAUGUGCUUGGUUGUAUACAUGGUUGGCAUAAACAGAUUUGCUCACUCAGCUUUCAAAAACUACAGUUUUUGGGCUGCAAAAAUGCCAGUUCUGUGUGGAUGGAACGCUGAUGCGAUAAACUUUCUCCAUGUGGAUGGCCCCCUCAGUGUCUCGCAGCCCCCAAGUUGAGAACCAUUGCUUUAAGGGCACAUGGAAAGAAACUAGCAGAGAAUCAGCUGUUUAUCUGUUUGAUUUCUUGCCAAGGUAAUUUAUAAAGUCUUAAUAAACUAAAGGCAAUGAGUAAUUCAGGCCUUAUUCAUGCCCCAAAUAGGGCAUGGCAAAUUUGGCUUGUUUGCACCUUUUUGUCAUCCUGUCCAGAAAUCUAAAAUCAUAUCAGAAAUCAGGUUAGCAACAGUUUUCGAUAGCUUCUGAAUAAACACCCACGGAUGUUGUUUGGAUGCUUUUAAUAUGAAUCAGCAGCUGCAGGACACAUGCAAUCAAUAAGUGUUUGGAAAGGGCGCAGCAAACACAUUCUGAUCUCAUUAAAUCAACUCAAAUCUUGAUUCAUACGUGCAUUUUUAUUGCCUGUGAAGGAGUAUUAAGAAUCAGCCGAGUUCGUUCUCUGAGAGUUAAAAAGGUGGAUGCAGGAGGGCACACAUGGUUGCAGAAAGAGCAAUGCUUGUCCUAGUAUUUUUUGCAUUAGAUCUCAGGCGCUGGUUUCAUAUAUUCUUUAAUACUGCAUCAAAAGUAGGUCUUGGUGACAGAAAAAAACGUAUUUUGCUUCAGGGCAAGAUUAGCAAACUGGAGUCUUCAAAUAGCAGCCACUAAACAAUGUUUGCUUCUUCCACUUCUCAUGCAGUCUUUGAGGCUGAGGCAGCUUGCUCCAGAGCUGCACAGCAAACUACAACAAUGAAUUUAUAACUAUAAAUGAUAUCAAAUAAGUCAGUGACAUCUCAAGGAUUAUAACUUCAACACUUGACACAGAGGUUACAGUCUUUGAAUCUUUAGUAUGUGUGAGGUGUAUGUUGUUUCUGCACAGGUAUGUUUGGGGCAGGAACCCCUCUUAAAUAAUCUGUGCUUGGCUCAGUAACCACACCAAAAUGUCCACUCUAAACGCUUUUAAUCGUAACAGAAACAUACUGUAAACUGUGCUAAGAAGGGGCUUGUUUUUAUUCACUCCAAAUAAAAAGCCUGGUGAAUGUUGUUCUGUAGAUACUGUAUGACCCAGUGUUGCAAAAUCAACUGGUGGGAGUUAUGUUUUAUUUACUGUUUCUAAUGUUUACGUGUGAUACUCUCAUUAUUAAAUGACUUAAAAAGGCCCACGUGUUGAGUUGUGGCAUAUCCGUCCUAAUGCCGCUCUGCUUUGCAGAACUGUACCAGGACUUCAAUGUGUAAAGGGAGGAAUCGUUUGUUCUUUUGCAAUCUUUAUUUUUUUAAAAUUCAAAAUAAUGAGUUGAAGUAGGACAUCUGAGAUUAAUCUCUCUUUAUAAGGCUGGUUAGGUAAUUAGGUUUUUAAUUUUAGUAACAAACAGGCAUUUCACUGCACAUAUUUCAAACAUUAAUGCACAGCCUGUAACCACGCCAGUCUAGUAAAGGAACUGGACUGUUUGUGAGAGAAACGCUGAUAUUUUCAAUACAUCGUGCUGAUUCUAUUAUUGGACUGGAGUGUACAUUGAUUUUUCUGUUAUUAUGCUACUCUAUCCACAUAAAAGUGCAUUACUAAUUUCAUUAAUGGUUGAACUGGUUGUGUUUUUUUUUACCUGACCACUCCUAAAGGCUUGUAGCAUUCACUCUGAGCUUUAUUGUUUGAACAUUUCUUUGAAUAAAGGUUGAACUCUGAAAACAGC